CGCGUUUUGUUUUCCAAAUUUGUUGUCUAGUAUUUAAUAGUGUAUUGUUGCUGUCUCCCGAGGAGAUUAAACGGCUAACGAAAUCUUAUCAGUGUGUUAUCGUGUCUACCGAAGUACUAUAAGAUACGAGGCAGAAUCUAGUAACCGAUCAGUAUAGACACGGACUUCAUCGACGAAUCAACGAGUCAUGACUGAGCAACGAAGCACCAUCUUGGGCUGCAGCUUGGGCGGCCUGCUGCUCGCCUUCCUGGCCCUGCAAUCCCUGCCCCAGAGCACCGAGGGAUCCAACAUUCUGGGAGUGUUCACCAGUCACAGCACAUCGCAUUUCAUUGUGCACAUGUCCAUUAUGAAAACGCUUGCCGAGAAGGGUCACAAUGUUACAGUGGUGUCGUCGGUGCCGCCGAAGGUGACCCAUAAAAGCAUCAAGCACAUUGUCAUCCCACUUAGUGAAGAGGAAGAGAAGUUGAUCCACGGAGGCAUGGUGGAUAUGGUCAAGCAGAAGCCCUCCAUUUGGACCACCAUGAAAUCGAUUUUCACUUCGCUUGCCGGGCUCAUAAACAAACAGGUGGAUACCCUGGAAGACAAGCGUUUCACGGAUCUCUACAAUAACAAAGAUAACAAAUUCGAUGUAGUCUUUGUGGGCUUCUUUUUCAAUACGUAUCAGGUGGGACUGAGUGCCAAAUUCAAUUGCCCCUUGAUUGUUUCGUGGAUGGGUCAGCCCAUGCUUAUGGUCAACGAAAUUAUUGGAAAUCCGGAGCUGUCAAGUGUCCCUCAAAUGUCCAUAUCCGUGCCGGCAGGAAAGGCCAUGAACUUCCAGCAGCGUCUGACGAACUUCCUCAGCAGUACCGGCUUCCGAUUUCUCGGCAAAUUCCUUCAUUUCAAAUACCAGGGCUUCUAUAAACGUCUUUGGGGUGAUGACAAGAGCAUGCCCAGCCUCGAGCAGGCAAUGAAGAACGUCUCCCUGGUCUUCUGCAACAGUCAUGGCAUCAGCGAGGGUCCCAUCCGCCCGAAUGUGCCCGCCCUCAUUGAAAUCGGUGGCAUCCAAGUGAAGAGCAAGCCAGAUCCCCUGCCAGAAGAUAUCAAGCAGUUCAUGGAUAAUUCCAAAAAUGGUGUCAUCCUGUUUAGUCUUGGCUCAAAUCUCAAGGGCGAUCACUUCAACCCUGAGGUGGUGACGACCAUCUUCAAGACUCUGUCCAGUCUGAAGCAGCAGGUGAUCUGGAAGUGGGAUGAUCUCGAGACUACUCCUGGAAAGUCUGCCAACAUAUUGUACAAGAAAUGGCUGCCCCAGGAUGAUAUCUUGGCCCAUCCCAAACUCAAGCUUUUCAUCACGCAUGCGGGCAAGGGUGGCGUGGCCGAGGCCCAGUACCAUGGAGUCCCAAUGUUGACCCUGCCCGUCUUCGCCGAUCAGCCAGGGAAUGCAGACAAAGUAGUGGAAAACGGCUAUGGCCUGCGCUUGGAGCUCAACUCCUUGGAGGCGAAGGAGUUCAAGGAGACUAUCAAAGAGAUUAUCAGCAAUCCAAAGUAUGCCCAAAAACUGGAGACCUUCUCCAAAUUGUAUCGCGAUCGUCCCCAGACUGCCCAGGAAUUGGUUGUCUACUGGACGGAGUAUGUGAUCCGUCACCAUGGCGCUCCUCACAUGCAGAGUCCUCUGGUCCACAUGGGCACUGUCGCCAGCAACAAUCUGGAUAUUUAUGCUCUCGUGAUUUUGGCAUUAUAUCUGAUCUUCCUCGUCAAUAAGAUUGUGUGGAAGUUUUUGUGGAAAAAAUGUACUGGAAAAUCGAAGAAAACAGCACAGAACAAGAAGGUUAAAAAGCAAUAAGUUGAUACUGAUAGAAUACUAAGAAUUUGAUAUUUUAAAAUAUAAAGUCUUUUAUAAAGCGAAAAAACGACAAAUAAAAUA